AUGCAUGACAUCGAAACCCUCGUAAUUGGCGCCGGCGUGAUCGGUCUCGCGAUCGCCCGGGCGCUGGCACUAAAGGGCCGCGAUGUCAUGGUUCUGGAACAGCACAACCUGAUCGGUUCCGAGACCAGCGCCCGCAACUCCGAGGUCAUCCACGCCGGCAUUUACUAUCCGACAGGCAGCCUGAAGGCGAAACUCUGCCUGGAGGGCAAGCAUCGACUCUACGAAUUCUGCGCAGAAAACGGCGUUGAUCAUCAACAGAUCGGCAAACUGAUCGUUGCCUCCUCUCCUGAACAGCUUCCGGAACUGGAACGGCUGCAGAAGAAGGCAAUCGAGAACGGCCUGCAUGAUCUGGUGUUUUUCGACCGGAAGACACUGAAACAGACAGAACCGGAACUCGCCUGCUGCGGCGCUCUCUGGUCACCCUCGACCGGAAUCAUCGACAGUCACGGCUUCAUGCUCGCAUUGCAGGGCGGGCAUGAAGCGCAUGGCGGCCAGGUGGUGCUCAACAGCAGGGUCAUCGGGAUCGACCAGAUCACAGACGGGUACCGCCUGCUGGUCGAUACUGGAGACGGACAAACAGCCUCCCUCACCUGCCGGGAACUGAUCGUGUCAGCAGGUCACGGAUCGCCGGGCCUGAUGGAAGGCUUUGCCAGCGCAGACGCACCAAAUCCCUUUCUGGCAAAGGGAAACUAUUUCAAACUCCAGGGCAAGGCACCGUUUUCGCAUCUCAUCUAUCCCGCCCCCGAACCGGGCGGUCUCGGUGUCCACCUGACACUGGAUCUACAGCACCAGGCCCGCUUCGGACCGGACGUGGAAUGGGUGGAACCUUUCGACUACGAGGUCGGUCCGGAACGCGGCGAAAAAUUCUACGCAGCGAUCCGAAGCUACUGGCCCGACCUGCCCGACAACGCGCUGAUACCGGACUAUUCCGGCCUCCGUCCCAAAAUCGUUGGCCCUGGCGAACCAGCCGCCGACUUCCGGAUCGACGGCCCCGAGACACAUGGGCUGGAAGGUCUUGUCGCGCUCUACGGCAUGGAGUCGCCCGGUCUGACCUCAGCACUGGCAAUCGGAGAUGAGGUGGCAAGGCGGCUCGAUUGA